UUUCAGUAUACAUACAACCCCCUGCCCCCCCGGCCCAAUCCCACCCCAUCCCCCAGAGUCAGCCAGCAGUAGAGAUGGCUUACAAUCAAACACCAAGGACGAUCGACAUUGUAGAUCACGAGUUGCCCUACGAUUCCCACAACACCUAUGACGUCAUCUUCUUCGGCGACUCCAUCCACACAACCGUCACCCACGACCCCGACGUCGCCACCCAGUGGAUCUCCCAAACCGAGUCCAUCCACCGCCGCCGCCUCAGGUGCCUCAUCGUCGGGCUCGACGUCGAGUGGCGCCCCUCCUUCAACCGCUAUAUCCAGAACCCUGCAGCGACGCUGCAGCUCUGCGUCGGCCGCCGCUGCCUCAUCUUUCAACUCAUCCACAGCCCCUUCAUUCCCUCGGCGAUCAUCGAUUUCCUGGCGAAUCCACACUACACCUUCGUGGGGAUCGGCAUAGAACAGGACCUGGAGAAGCUGGAGGACUACGAGUUAGGGUUGAACACGAAGACGGUGGAUUUGAGGAGCUUGGCGGCGGAUGAGUACGGGAGGAGGGAGUUGAAGAGCGCGGGACUGAAGCAACUCGCGAGCCUCGUGCUGGAGAAAGAGGUGGAGAAGCCGAAGAGAGUGACGAUGAGUAGGUGGGACAACGAGUGGCUGACGCCUCCUCAGGUGCAGUAUGCUUGCAUUGAUGCUUUUGUUUGCUUUGAAAUUGGCAGGAUCUUGAAUGCUUCUGCUUCUACUUCUGGUUAAACCUAGACAAAAAUUGGGAUUUGUCGUGUCAUUUGGCUGUUCUUCAAUUUUGUGAAUAGAUGGUGGCGAUUUUAGUUUCUUGAUCCUUAAAUGAAAUGCAGUUUGAAUUUUAUGAAGAUGUGAAAUUCUAAUUAUUGAUCAGUAAUUUGUUUCUUGGUGAAA